AUGUCACCUGCCUUUGUGACCCCCCCGCGCCGGAUCCUCUUCUUGGACGCAUACGAUUCGUUCUCGAACAACAUUGUCGCCCUCCUUGAGCAGAACACGGAUGCCAUAGUCACCAAAGUCUUCAUCGAUGACUCUCGCUUUUCUAACAGCAAGUCUCUGGCCAAACCGACAUUCGCCGAGUAUGCACAGGACUUCGAUGCGGUCGUUGCAGGUCCUGGUCCUGGAUGGGCCGGCUGCGACAAAGACGUCGGUCUCAUGAAAGAGCUCUGGAACCUGCGGGAUGAGGACGUAUUGCCUGUUCUGGGUAUCUGUUUAGGCUUCCAGGCCCUGUGUCUGGCUUUCGGAGCUGAGAUGGAGAGGCUGGUCGAACCGAAGCAUGGCAUUAUCACGGCUGUUUUGCACAAGGGGCAGUCUAUGUUUAGGAAUGUGGAGAAGUUGCAGGCAACGCAGUACCACUCCCUGCAGGUCAAGCUUGGCCACCCGAUCCAAACAAAUCGAGCCGUGCGGUAUCCUGCGCAGCUGUGGGAGCCGACCGAUAUGUGUCCGCAGUUAGAACCCUUGGCUUGGGACUUCGACAGCGAACGCAAUGGCGCGGUGCUUAUGGGCGUGAAGCACAUCCAGAAGCCGUUCUGGGGCGUGCAAUUCCACCCUGAAUCUGUCUGCACGAACGAGGAGGGCGCUCACGUCAUCCGAAAUUGGUGGGAAGAUGCGCAAGCUUGGAAGCGAAAGCGCAUGUUCAGCCACGACGCUCGCAAAACAAGCAUAUCGGCCUCACAGCUACGGCCGAUGACGUUUCACGAUUUCCGGCGGGAUCUCGGAUUUUACGCGGAGAAUGACACCAAGAAGUCGAUGCAGAAGGGCGUAGCCGAGACCGAGUUUCUUUCGAAAGAUAGUGAUGGCCUUCUGCCGGGUGAGCUGGCUUCGCUGAUAGCUUACGGCGAUGAAAAGACACUGCCGCACCUGCCUUCUACCGUAGUACACUGCGCUACCACAGGGAGUGGCAGAUUGACAGUCGAGGAGCUCUGCGAGACUCUCGAGAUUCCGCGACAUGAAGCAAUUGUACUUCAGUCGGGGCUGCAGGAGAAUCUGGUUCCUAUGGCAGUGGGCACAGGACGCUACAGCAUCAUCGGUCUGGUCGUUCCGGGAGAGACACUCCGAUUGCACUACUAUGCGGGAUCCCGGAUCAUGCAGCUUAGGGAUGGCUACGACGAGGUCCACAGCCAGUGGAAGGUCAACGAUCCUUGGCCAUACAUGAGAAAGGUUAUGAGCACGCUCCAGCCAACGACACCACCUCGCACUACGACUUGGGCUCCGUUUUGGGGCGGUCUCAUGGGCUAUGCCUCCUAUGAGGCUGGACUGGAGACAAUCGAUGUUCCCGUCAAAGAUAGCGCCGAUCACCCCGACAUCUGCUUCGCAUACAUUACCAGAAGUAUCGUAUUUGAUCACCAGGUCAAGAAGAUCUAUGUGCAGAGUAUACGCGGACCUAACGAUUUCGACUGGGUUGAAGAGACACAAGAGCUUGUUUACAAUGCCGUUGACGCCACAUCGCGGCAGUCUACCCCAACAUCAACACCUAUGUCAAAGCCGGAUCCGUUCGAGAAGUAUGGUCCCAUGUACAAGUACAUUGACUCGUGCAAGCAGAACUUUGCCGAUCGCGAGACUUACUACAAGCAAGUGCGUGCUUGUCAAGAAGCCAUAGCCGACGGCCAGAGCUACGAGCUCUGCCUGACGCACCAGAACGAGAUCCGCGCCCGUCGACCAACAGCCUGCCGUCUGUCCAAGGCCGAGGACAAUCAACACUCGUGGAACAUGUACAAGCGUCUUGCCGGCCAGAACCCCGCCCCUUUCAGCGCCUACAUGCGCAUGCACAACGUGCACAUAGUCUCCUCGUCCCCUGAACGCUACAUGUCCUGGUCACGCAGCCAAGCCGCCCAAUGCCGGCCCAUCAAAGGCACGGUGCAGAAACAGCCCGGCGUGACGGCAGCCCACGCCCGCGCCAUCCUCAACUCGUCCAAAGAGCGCGCCGAAAACCUCAUGAUCGUCGACCUCACCCGGCACCAGCUCCACGGCGUCUACGGCACCGACAACGUCCGCGUCUCCCAGCUCAUGGAGGUCGAGGAGUACGAGACCGUCUGGCAACUCGUCACCGUCGUCGACGCCGUGCCGCCCGGCGUGUACAAACCCGGCACGCCCGAGCUCUGGGAGGACCCCGUCGACGGCUCCGGAAGCCUACUCGCGCGCUCCCACGUCCCCGAUCUCGGGUUCCAAGCUUUCGUGCAGAGCCUGCCGCCAGGCAGCAUGACGGGCGCGCCGAAGAAGCGAUCGUGCGAGAUCCUGCAGCAGCAGGAGCGCGGCGUCAAGCGCGGCAUUUACGCCGGCGUCCUGGGCUAUCUCGACGUCGGUGGCGGCGGCGACUUCAGCGUUGUGAUACGCACUGCGAUCAAGAUCGACGCGCCCGGCUCCAUCGACCGCCGCUCAAGCAGCGCGUCGUCGGCUACGAGCACAGCCACAGAGGACAUAUGGCGCAUCCCCGCCGGCGGGGCGGUGACGUCGCAGUCGACGCCCGCGGGCGAGUACGACGAGAUGCUCGCCAAACUCGUCUCGACGAGUCGCGCCUUCACGCACCUCCCGCCGCCGCCGCCGCGGGCGAAAAAACCCCGCGUCGAGCUCAUCAAUCCCAAUCACCCCGAAUACGAGGCGCUGUGGAACGAGACGCUGCGCGGCGAGGACGGGGUCGAGAUCGAUGUCCAGACGACUGAUGUCGAGACUGUGUUGCGGCUGCUGCAGGAGACGGUGCAAAGAACGCUGGAGCAGGGGAUUGGGAUUGUGGACGAGGAGGAUGUGGAGGGGGAUGACUAG